UUGACGCCAAAUUUUCCUGUACACUUGAUGGUAAAUUAUAAAUACGAGGCUCAGAGAAGCACCGAGAAGACAAUAGUAAUUUCUAGCUGCCAAACACCCCUACUUUGCAACUCUUUCCUACACCACUGGAAGUCACCAUGGAUUCUGUUAAUAAAUCAGAUGUUUCCACAUCUACAGAAUAUACAGCUGCAAGCUGACAAAGAGACUUUAUAUAAAGAACUCGAGCAGAAACACAAGCUUUUGCAGGAUUCUUUAUGCAUCUUAGAGAAGCUAGAACAUCAUAAUGGAAAAGAAAUAGAAGAACUAAAACAAAAAAUGGAUGAUGAAAAAUCUCAUCUUGAAGAGAAAGUGGUAACACUAGAACAAACUGUAAAUGUUUUAAGUGAAGAAGAGAGUACAGCACAAAGCAAGUUAAAACAGAGGGUGAAAGAACUGGAAGAAGUAAUAUUUAAAAAAGAAGAUGAAAUAAAGGUGACAAAACAGAGGCUCUUUAAACAAGAUAAAAAAAAUUAAAACCUUAGAAGUAAGAUCCCAGGAAAGAGACAAAAUAAUUCAAGAUCUGAUCCAGACUGUUUAGAAAAACGAUGAAGAGAUACAAUAGAAUAUUAGCAGAUAGAUAUGAAGUUAUAGAAUACAUUGAUGGUGCUUUCAGUAAAUCCGUAUACAAGGCUACUGCUGCAGAUGCCAAAGUUGAUAAACAUGCUAAUGUUGCAGCAAGAGAAGAACUCAAAACAUCAUUGAAAAAAGUUAUUUAUUUCGUGUACGUAUUGUGUAUUUAUUGAAUUUAAAAAUUUAUUUUUAGUUGUGUAUGAAAAGUUUCUACGAUUAUUAAACUUAGAUGCACUAAUUAAAUAAGCUAAGCUUAUUGUGAAAUGAGAUUUCCUGUA